AUGACCAGCGACUCGUUGGCCCUAGCCACGCACGACCCGUUGGUCGUAGUCGAUCCGCCCGACCUACUCAACGAAAACAAAUACCCUAGACAAUUUUGUCCGCUCGACCCUAAUGCGGGAGAGGUUCCGUCCGAAUAUGCUGUUGGGAUUACGAAUGUUGUGUCCAUCGAUACCACCACCGAUACUACGACCACCACCACCUCCGGUACUGGCUCCGGUGCUGGUGCUGCUGCAAAAGGUAUAAUCUACUACCUCCUCAACCACCGCCCCGGAGGGAACAACCACAUUCUCGGCGCGGGCGUCGCACUAGUUGAACUCGACGCCUCCACCUCAUCCACAGAAUACCCGCCAACACCGAGGAUCAAACGUCUUCCGUCUCCCCAUACUUCGUCCACCUCCUCACCAUUGUCCAAACACCAUCUAUGGUUCGACGGCUCCAGCGAACCAUGGUACGGCGACAUCUGCGCCCUCCGCUGGCACAGCCACAUCUACGCCUACGGCCACGGCGGCGACGAUAAUCCCUGGGUUUACGUUGCCAGAGUCCCCGUCACUGACAUCACCACUCGUGGUCUCAACACCUACGAAUACUGGAACGGCGAACACUGGCAGAAGAACCCACUUGAAAAGACUUCCAUCGGCGAGAAAGAAAGUGUCUUUUGGCAGAUCAAUCAGGGACAGGUCGUUUAUUCGAAGUUCCUGGCGUGUUUGGUUUUUGUGUAUGUUGACAACUUUAUGAAUUCCCGCGUCCAUCUCAAAACCUCUCAAACCCCCGAAGGGCCAUGGUCAGACCCGCCUGUCAUGCUGUACCAGGCCACACCUAUCCUGCCAAAAGAGAAAAUGGGCUGUAUUUACGCGGCCGUCCCACAUCCUUACUUUGACGAGUCGGGAAAGACGCUGGUGGUCACGUUUACGAAUCAUCCGAAUACGAUCCAGGCGGUACGGGUGGUAUUCAAAGAUACAGAUACCUAA